AUGAUGGCGGUAGAUACAGCGAACAAAUCAUUGACAUCGUUGUUGGAGAAGAUGGUAGCUGCUGAUACUGAUUACAGAUUUAUGGCUAUGAAUGAUCUUAUCAAUGAAUUACAAGUAAAUACACUUCGUUUAGAUCUCCAAAGUGAGAAAAGGGUUGUCGGACUUAUUCUUCGUCUUCUUCGAGAUCCUAGUGGUGAAGUUCAAAGCCUUGCAGUACAAUCGUUAGGUCCGUUGGCAACCAAAGUGAAGGAACAACAAAUUGUUACCAUUGUCAAAGAUCUUGUUGGUACUAUGGAGAAGGGUGGUGAAGGACAACUGCGCAGUAUAUGUAGUAUUGGUCUCAAGACUGUUGUCAAUGCUUUACCUAAUGCAACUGAUAUGGCUGUAGUUCAAUCAGCUGUUCGUGAAGCUGUUUUACCCCUGGUUCACAUGGUUAUGUCGCACAAUGAUGAUAAUGUACGCGUUGAAGCUUGUGAAGUUUUAGCUGAAAUUAUCAAUCAUUUUGGCAAUCUCUUGACCAGCUAUCAUCUUGAUCUUCUCGAUUGUAUGAUUACAUGUCUUGGUUGUCCACAGACAACUCUACGUAAAAGAGCUAUUCAAGCCUUGGGUUUUCUAUCAUGGAUUAUCCCGCAGAAGUAUUUCACUUCAUUAGUCAGCUUCUUACUAUUUCGUUUACAAAUGAGUCCAUUUCUAUUGACCUCUCAGUCACCAAUGAAAAAUAUGGAUGAGCAAUUAUCAAAGUUAAUUACUGAGAAUACACUAUUUCAACGACCUCAUCUACUAGAACAAUUAAAACAACAACCAUCAGUUGAUGUUACUAAAACACUACUUCAAUGUUUCAAUGUUGUCUCUCGUCAACUUCAACGUGCACCUCAUUGUAUUACUCCAGUCCUUCGAUUAUUGAUAUCCAUUGCAUACAGUCCAGCGUCAAAUAAUACUGAAGAAGAUGACGUUGUAGAGUUGGUUAUUCAAGUAUUAGAAACACUGAUACGACGAUGUCCUAGAGCAGUUGCACCUGCACUACCUGAACUUAUCAAUCUUCUAUGCGAACGUCUACAAUACGAUCCAAACUAUGAUUAUGGUCUAGCGGAGGAUGGAGAUGAUCAGAUGGGUGCUGAUGCCAGUGAUAACGAAUUCGAUGAAGAUGAUGACGAUGAGGACGGUGAAUAUUCAGAUGAUGAAGAUCUCUCCUGGAAGGUUAGACGUGCUGCAGCUCGUGGUCUGGAAGCGAUUAUUUUAGUGUAUAAUGAAAUGACUGCAGAUUUCUAUGUGUCUAUCGCUCCACUACUUAUCAAACAAUUUAAUGAACGUAAAGAGUUUGUCCGUCUAGCAGUAUUUUCAUGCCUUAGUGCAUUACUACGUCAAACUCGGUUGACAACAAUCAAUUUGACGAGUGGAUCUGUGACUAGUCAGAAUACUCUGAAAUCAUGUGAAAAUGCCUUAUUUGUAUCAGAGACAACAUUGGAAGAAUUACGGAUGCAAUUACAAGAUGCAAAUAGUGCUCAAUCUCGAUUGCUGGCCUUAUUGCCUACAAUAUAUCGUGGUAUAGAAAAACAGGCAUCGCAGUCGUCAAGUAAUAAAAUGCAAUCAUUUCAAAAAAUGAAUCGAGGUAUACCUGCCUAUCGACAUGCUGCAUUCAUGUUAAAUCGUGAUUUAGCGUUGGCUCUUCCAGGUCAAUUAGGAGCAUAUUUGAAUAAUAUACUAACAAUGGUACAAACAUCAUCAGCUGAUCCGAAUACAAGUCAUACAGCUAAAAUGGAAAUGAUCAAUGUUAUCGUUUUAUUGUUUAACACACAUCCAGCAAGUUAUUUCACAUCAACACUUGAUCUUUUAGUUCAGCUCACUGUUCAGUCGGUCAAUAAUACAUUUUAUCGAGUCGCUUUGGAAGGUUUGGAUCUACUUCAACUUUUGUGUACACAAUUGAAGAAUUUAGGUGGUGAAAAAUACGCUAUGACUUUGUUCACUCCACUUUUUAAUCAAUUGCAAGCCACAGAUCGUGAUCUUGAAUUGAAAGAAAAAGCGAUUACUGUCUCUGCUGUAUUUCUUGCACAAAUUGGUGAUCUAGUCACAACAAAAAUUGACGACUGUUUAGAUUUAUUAUAUCGACGUCUAAAGAAUGAAUUAACACGGUUAGCAGCUGUUCGUGCUAUACAAAUCAUUGCUUCAUCAUCUGUUCGAUUUGAUCUAUCGAAAUUCUUGCCUGCUUCUUCUGAUGAACUGGCCACAUUUCUAUCGAAAAAUGAUCGUACCUUACGUAUGACUACAUUACGUUGUCUAUAUACUAUCUUAUUGAAAUAUCCAAAUUGUGUUGGACAGAAUUGUUUAAUGACUAUAUUGAAUUUAAUGCCAAAGCUACUUAUUACAGAGCAUGAUUUACAGACGACACAGCUUGCUCUACAUCUUGUCUCUUUACUGUUGGAAUCUGGUGAACCAUUAGCUAGUAAUAUUUCUCGAAUUGUUAUCCAGGAUCAAUUUCUUGAAGCACUGGUCACUAUAGCCCACUCACCUUUACUUCGUGGUCAAGCCUUAGAAGGAAUGCUACGACUGAUGCGUGCUUUUGGUCAAAUUCACAAGGUGGAUCAUGGAAAUCGUCAACAAUUACUGCUUUUCCUAUCACGACUACUUGGUCCUAUUGAAGGCAACACUGGUACAUUGUUUACACCGAUUCAUCAUGCCAAUCCACCGAAUCGUAUCGGUGUACAUCGGGAUGCAUUGCCUAGUCUAGCACAGUGUAUUGCUGCUUUACUAGCUGAAUUACCGAUGAAUUCCACUGAAGAGGCCAUAAGUCAACAAACUGGUAUAUUGAGCAGUGUAAAUAAUGUUGUGGAUCAGUUGUUAAUAUCUGUUAAGGAUCCCGGUACAUCACCAACACAGCUCUAUCUGAAUUUGUUAAUUUUAGGCGAAUUAGGCCGAAAAGUUGAUUUAAGUUCACGUAAAGAUCUUCGUGAUUUAUUGAUCUCUUGUCUAUCGUCAACACCGACUAAUUCUCCUGUCCACCAUCAACAACAUCGUCAGCAUCAACCGAUGACACCUACAGGUUUAUCAGAGACAUCUGUUGUCACAUCGAAUGGAUUUAUGGUAACUGAAGAAGUGAAACCAGCUGCUGCGCUUAGCCUAGGCAGACUGGUUGUUGGCCAGCCACAAAUUCUUUUACCACCAUUGGUUGAUAGUAUUUCACAGGCUGUUUCACAGCAUAUUCAGUCUACGAAUGCUCCAACUUCAGUUGUCAACAGUAAUGGUGGGGGUGGCGGCGGCGGCGGCGUUGUUGGUGGUGUUAAGAGUAAUAUAAGUCAACAUCAGUUAUAUUAUUUAAUACAAGCUCUUAGAGAGGUUCUUGUAAAUCUUGCUGGUCUGGAUCCUAGUCAAUCGUUGAAAAAUCAUUUAAAUUCAAUGUGGUCUCUGUUACUAGCCUGUGCUAGUCUAUCUGAAGAGGGUACACGUAAUCUUGUUUCAGAAUGUCUUGGUCGAUUGACUCUAGUUGAUCCUCAACAACUUGUCGAUCGUUUACGCCAGCAGCUGAAUUCCCCUGAAGCCUCUUCAUCGGUAUUAAUGCGUUCAACACUGGUAACUGCUGUCAAAUUUAUAUUGAUUGUAACUGAUUUGGAUUCAGCUUCAUCACCAUCAUCAUCGUCAUCAUCUGCAACACGAUAUACUACUGGUGGACGUAGUCGAUGUGAUCUAUCAGAUGUUCCAUACUUUCUGUUAAAUCCAUCCUCUCACGAUUCCAACGCAUCAUCAUCAUCAUCAUCAUCUGUAAUCAAUGAUGUUGAAUCGGCACUGAAAGCUGGUAAUCCACCUGCACUGAUUGAUUUCCUUGGUCGUCUUGCUGAUCCAGAAUUAUCUGUUAGGCGUGCAGCACUUGUUGCUUUAAAUACAGUAGCUCAUCAUAGACCUGGUCUUGUUCGUCCUUUAUUGAAUGUACCUAUCCAGCUGCCGGGUACUUCACAGACAUCCACCCUAUUAGAUAUGUUAUGCACUGAAACAGUUGUCCGCAAGGAAUUGAUUCGUGAAGUUGAAAUGGGUCCAUUUAAACAUCAUGAAGAUGAUGGUUUAGAUUUAAGAAAGUGUGCAUUUGAGUGUAUGUCCACUCUACUGGAGACAUGUUUAGACAAGUUGGUCAUUUCAAACUUUUUAGAAUCCUUAAUUGAUGGUCUACGAGAUCAUACUGAUAUCAAGUUGUUAUCCUAUCAAAUACUUCAACGUAUAUCAAUUAUACAACCUUUGGAAAUAUCAGCUAAAAUGGAAAUCUUAUCAGUCCCGUUAAAAGCUGUUCUCUUAUCUAAACCAAAAGAUGAUUGGGUGAAACAAGAAAUGGAGAAAAUGCAAGAAUUAAACAGAAGUGCAAUUGGAUUAAUUGUCAGUUUAAGAAAUAUUGAUGAUAUUGAUAAAAAUCGAUAUUAUAUGGAAUUGUUGCGUAUUAUUGAUUCAGAUGCCAAUCUAAAGAAUACUUAUAUGCAUAUUUCAUCGACGGAAAAUUUCAGUGCCAAUAGUACUAGUGGUUGUGGUGGUGCAGGGACAUCGGGUGUAGGAGGAGCAAUUGGAAACUCUCCUGCACGUCGCGUUGGUGGCGGCGGUGGUGGUGGUGGUGGUGGCGGAUAUCCUGGAAUUUAUUCAUCUGUUCGUUAA